AUGGAGCGCAUCCUGGACUUUAGCCAACCACUUGAUGUGGAGCUCUUUGAUAGCGUGGUCUUGAAGCUGGCGAGCGGAUCCCCGGUGGAAAUUAUGGAUGCCCAAGAGGUGCUCACGCGGUUUAAACAAACCCCUGAUGCUUUUUUUCGUGUCGACAAGCUGUUGAGCAAGUCGAAGAACAUGAGCACCAAGUUCUUUGCGCUUCAAAUCCUCGAGGAUACCAUCCUGCAGCGAUGGAACUCGUUAGAUGCUGCCAAUCAAAGCGCCGUGCGGGGCUUUGUGUUGAGCCUCAUCCUGCAGGAGUGCGCGAGCCUGGAUAACAUACGCCGCAAUCGCGCUCUCCUUACAAAACUGAACACGACGUUGGUUAGCAUCGCGAAGCGGGAGUGGCCGGUGCGAUGGCCGAGCUUCAUUCAAGAUAUCGCGGGAAGCGCCCGGUAUGACGAGCCGAUGGUGGAGAAUAAUUUAAACCUCUUCCGCCUUAUCGGGGAGGAAAUUUUCGAGUUCGGCGCGAAGACCCUCACGUCGCGUUGGGUGGAGCGCAAAAAAGCCGCGCUGGCGGAUGACUUUCGCUACAUUAUGGACGUCUGUGGGGAGGUGUUGUUGAGGUCGGAGGAUACCGCGUUGCUGAAGACGGCGCUGGAGACGCUCGCGGUGUACGUGCCCUGGAUGUCGCCCAUGCUGACGAUCCAGGAAGCGAUUUUAGGGCGUCUGACAUGUUUGAUGGUGGGGGAUGAGCAGGUCCGGACGGCGGCGGUGCGUUGUUUCACAGAGAUCUGCACCGUGAAGCCUGAGAAAGGCGCGCAGGGGGAUCUUCAGACGAAGAUGAUCCUCCAGGCCUUUGAGGCGGCGAUGAGCUACAUUGUCACCGCGCUUCCUACCUCGCACUCCUCGAUCAUCGAGCGGACGGUGCAGCUCUACGAGCAGGGGAAUAGCGUGGAUCAGAACUUUGUUAGCAAUCUCGGCCUCCUGAUUGCUGCCUUUUUGCGCAAUUAUUAUGCGAACAUCUCGUACAACGAUGAGCUGCUCGUUACCGCACAUGAGUUUUUGGUUGGGAUAAGCAAUAUAGACGAUAAGGAGAUGUUCAAGUCGUGUGUGGAGUAUUGGUUUUGGUUAGGGGAGAAGUUACUUAGCAUGACAAGCUUCACGCUGAAGCGAAAUUUAACAACCAAGUUAAAACGCUUGUUUACGGAUGUGCGCUACGUGCUGAUAAAGCGCAUGGCGAAGCCGGAGGAGGUUAUUUUAGUCGAGGAAGACGGUGAGCUGCGGCGCGAGCGGAUCGCAGACGUCGAGGAGGUCGAGCAAUACCACCUCAUGAGCCAAACGCUUAUUUUGUACACCAACUUAGAUUCGAAGGAUACGCGGGAUAUCCUGGUAAAUUUGAUGAAACGCCAACUUGAUCGUAGCGAGUGGUCGUGGCAUAACUGCAACACCCUUUCAUGGGCCCUAGGUUCCAUCGCCGGCGUGCUGCCGGAGGAUGAGGAGGCGGAGCUGUUCAUGACGAUGAUUAAAGAUCUGCUAGUGUUGUGUAAGGAAAUGCAGGGGAAGGAGAAUAGAGCCGUGAUCGCGAGCGAUAUUAUGUUUGUCGCCUCUCGCUACAAGACGUUUAUGCAAAAACGCCCUCGUUUUAUGUUCACCGUGGCGAGGAAGGUAUUUGAGUUCAUGAGCGAAACCUUCCCUGGGGUGCAGGAUAUGGCCGUGGAUACCUUUUACAAGCUCGCGGAGCAGCUUGCGCCGCUUUUUGUAGAGAAAAUGGACGACGUGCCAUCCUUCGCGGAGUCGAUCGCCGCGCAAUGGUCGACCAUCACCUCCCUGCUUUCCUCGCAGCAGGUGCAGGUUUGUUUCUCCGCGGUGGGUUUUAUGAUCGCCGCGGAUAAGCCAGAUCACCAGGCGAAGCUGCUUUCGAUGUUUCUGGAGCCCACGAACACCCACUUCAACAAUACGAUGGGGGUCGUCAAAGGGGUGGACUACUUCUGCCAAGAUCACGCCAUCAUGAUGGAUUUGCUGUACUCUCUACGCAUCUUUAGCAGCGUGGCGAGCACCUGCGGGGAUGCGUUUAUCUUUCAGAUGAACGUGAUCCUUCAAAAUCUUUAUUAUCUCUACAACGCCAUCUCGGCCGCACAGAACGCCGCGAUCACGCGGGAAGGCGUCGCCGCUAUUAGCACAGAGAGCUACAAAUACAUGAGGCUCACCAAGCGGGAGAUUAUUCUGAUCUUUGAGCGUUUUGUCGCGCACUCCGCGCACUUGGAUUUUAUCGCGACAAACAUCAUGCCCGACGUCUUAACGGUCGUUUUGGUGGAUUAUCAAAACUCGAUUCCGCAAUUGCGGGAGGCUGGGGCGUUGGCGCUCGUUACGGCCUGCGUGCAAACCCUUUCGCAGCUCAUCGCCUCCGACUGCGGGGCGAUUCUCGACGUAGUCUUCAACACUACCGUCUCCAUGAUCACCGAUAACAUGGAAAGCUACCCGGAUUUUCGUGUGAACUUGUUUAAGCUGCUGGGCGCCUUUACGGAUAAAUGCUUCGAAUCCUUCGUCACCUACGCAUCGAAUCAUUCGGAUAUUUUGGAGGGUAUGCUCUGGGCGAUUCGCCACCGCGACUACCCCACGAUGUCGACCGGCCUCCAAACCCUCGACCACUUCCUGGAGACGAUCGUCCACUACCCGUUGGCGGAGGCUUUCUACAACGCGUUUUUGCAUCGCAUCUUUGAGGAGGUGUUGCACGCCGCGAUGGAUUUCUUCCACGCCGCGGGGUUUCCUUUUCAUUGCAGCAUCCUACGCCGGUUGUUCGCGGUGACGGAGAUGGUCCCGCGGGAGACGCCCGUGCUCGGACGGGAUGCGGUUACCGCCUACCUCGCCGAUCUCCUUUUGGUGAUCCCGACGAUCACAAAACCGACCGUGCUCGAUUUUGUCGACCGCUGCUACGAUGCAUACAAAAAGGAGGCCGCGUUUGAAACGGUACUGUCGGAUUUCCUCAUCGAGGUUCAGGUGUGGGGGGCCGAGGCGGAGAAUAGGCUGCAGGAGGCGGAGGAGCGGCGGCGGCGGGAGGAGACCAUCCCUGGAUUCUCCACCCUCUCCACCAAUGAGCCCAUAAACCCUUUCUUGGAAACAGGAAAUCGGCUUCAACAGAAUCAAACACGGGCAGAUGCUUUGAUGAACACAACCUCAAAAUGA